AUCGGCAACGUUGUUUCCCCAAGCGGAUGUAUAUAACAAUAACAGAGACUGGCGUGAAUGGGGGAUGAACUAACGAGUUAUAUCCGCUCCAUUCUCGGAAUUCCCGUUACCAUCCCACGCCUGACCGAUAGCGUGCUAGUGAUCAUCGACGCUCAGAAUGAAUACAUUAGCGGUCUAUUACAAGUCGAAGAUUCCGAAACCUCGCGGAAAGUGAUCUAUGGACUUCUGGAGAAAUAUCGCAACGUCGGCAGUGACAUAGUCCAUGUUGUUGCUGACUCGCCUCCUGGAGCUCCUAUUUUUACCCCAAACACUCCUUUGGCAGAUAUACUCGACGAGCUAAAGCCUUUGGACAAUGAGCCGGUUGUUCACAAGCUCCAUGCUAGUGCCUUUACUGAGACGACUCUACAGUCGAUUUUGACGAAUCUGGGGAAAAAGAAUCUUGUCCUUACAGGGUAUAUGGCACAUAACUGUGUCUCGGCAACCGCCAGAGCAGGAGCAGAACUCGGUUACAACAUUUAUGUUGUUCGCGAUGCAGUCGGUGAUCGACACCUACCAGGCGUAGAUGCUGAUCAAUUAGUCAAGGUUUCUUUGACCGAGUUGGCCGAUGUGGUAGCUGUCAUUAUUGACUCCAAGGACCUCGAGUCCUGAGGCAACGAAGAUUGUCCUUGAAUGGAUCGACGUCUUGGUCCUAUAGUGACGAGGUUGAUAUUUCUUGCAUUACGGUUAUCACUGUGACCGUUGACUGCUAUAGCUUAUGCCUGCCUAUAUUAACUAUUAUGUGUAUAUCCGGGAAUGUGUAACCAGGAAAAUAAACAAGAUAUCAAUUGACGAUGUGAUAGAAUUUUUUCUUUAAAACCCCCUUUUUCUCCUUCCAACAUACUCCGCACAAGGAAAAUAAAUAAAUCAAGGAAAAAACUCAAAUUGAAUGACUACCCCUGACAAAAUCGAAUUGGGUUGCACGAUCGGGAUAAGCGCGAUGGAGCUGGGGUGCACAGGAAAACAAUAGUGUUGUGCGCUAGAAGCCUUUUUUUCCCAAGA